CUACACUAUACAGUAAAACUGUAAAUAUUGUUGCCGUCUCUGCAGUUCCACCGCGACAUGGCCAGUAACAAUAAACUGGAUUUGGUCACUUCGGAUUUGUUCAACGACCAAUUAACAUUAGGCCUGUUGACCGUUCUCGAAAACACCGUGGGCGUGAGAAAUUUGUCGGUCAAACAAAGUCUACCGUGUGACAAGGCAAAAAUAAGUCUGUGGGAGCAGCGGAACGGGUGUCUACUGCCAGAAGACAUCAAGUCGUUUUACUUGUCAUGCGACGGGUUCAAGUUGACUUGGUCGUACAGAGUCGAAGGUAUCACGUCUGAUGCAUCAGCUGCUGCUGUCGGUGGCACUUCCAACUUACCCAUAGGAAACAUCACCGUAAAUCCGCUAUCUGAUUUGGUCCGUCUGUGUGACGUUAAAUCGGACACGGUCAACGUAAACGUGAUGCGUGAUCUACAAUUGCUGGACCGGCUGUCCGACAGGAACACGCCAGACUUCACGGAGAACUCAAAGAUAUUUGAAUUGGACUCGAGCUCGGACGUAGGCCAUGUGUGCCUGGUGUACCUGGAUGACCGGACGUCAGUGGCAUCUGUGGCGGCGAACCGGUCGGACGUCCAUCCACGUGAAGAGCACAGCAGCGCGUCAGUUUGGCUGUUGGACACCACGUAUCGCUGGCAUUUGCUUGCUCCGAACUUCAGCAAUUAUUUCAGAAAGGCUCUGGUCCACAUGGGCCUACCCCACUGGCAACUCAAGUUCACCGACAUGGGACUCACGUCCAUCGGCGAGUUUUUCAUGAAUUUGAUGGCCCCUCAUUUGAACGUGACCGAUCGAGUUCCUAUAAUCGGCCAAUUAGACGAUGACGAACAGUGUACUAUAGAUAGCGCUGCACCACUAAAUCAUUUUGAUCCUAGUAUUUUAAAAACCACAUUCAAAAUGUCCAAAAGUAAAAAAAAAUAAGACCAAA